AUGACCAAAGUCAACAAGAGCAGAACACGAUCUUCUCGAGCCGGCCUUCAUUUUCCAGUGGGUAGGAUUCACAGCAUCCUUAGAAAAGGGAACUACGCACCUAGGGUUGGUGGAGGCGCUGCAAUAUACUUAGCUGCAGUAUUAGAAUACCUUUCCGCUGAAAUUCUGGAACUUGCAGCUGAAGUCGCGAAACAAAACAACAAAACCAGGGUUACACCUCGACAUAUACUUUUCGCCAUUAAAAACGAUGAAGAAUUGAACAAAAUGCUAACCGGUGUUACCAUAUCUCAAGGUGGUGUAUUGCCAGCUAUAAAUGCUCAACUUCUACCCAAAAAGACCGUGAAAAGACUAGAA